UUCUUGAAAUGCUUGUCAACUUUUUAUACCGGUGUGACAGAGCCCUGGUCAAAGACAAAAAAUUAGUUUUUUGUUGUGAUGCGACCGUCAUUCAUCGUCAGCAACAUUUUCUGAAUUUAAUUUUGUUAUUCCUAAUACUUGACGUGAAUAUAGUGUUUUUGUUCCUCAAAUUAAAUCGCCUGGAUCAACAGAAUUCAAAUUGCGAGAUGGAUUACAAUUCGUACAACAAAAUUUUUGCUGCUCCACCUAAUCAGCCGGCUCCCGGAAGUUCCGGUUUCUUCCCGACAAACAGCUCCGCUGCGUUUCUCAAAGUUCCAAAUCCGGCUCUUGUUUUGAAACAGGAAAACAACACGGAACCGAUCAGUGGAACUGCAACGCCACCGGUGAAUUAUAGUCAAAGUGGUCAACAUUAUGCGGAUCCCGGCGGCCAUCAGCAAGAGAAGCAUGUUUACUAUGGAAAGCCGCUGGAUUUGCAGCUGGUUUCUAAUCCUUACCUUCCGCAUAGUCAGACCACGAUUAUCGGUCAGCAACAGACGACGUUUCAAAUGUCACACGAUUACCAUGAGCAUUCCAAUGCAUCCACAAUAAGCACCGUGGACCACCACCAAUCGCCGUACAGCGUUCAAGCUUCACCGAUUCAUCAGGCAGUCAAUACUCCUCACUCGGUCGUUGUACAACAUCCAGGACAACUUCCGGUGGCGCCGGCUGGGCAGAAAGUAACCUACGGUUGUGAAAUGUGCGCUAAGACUUUCGAUUCCAAGGCCAAGCUGGACAAACAUCAGCGGAUACAUAACGAGGAUUUGACUUUCGAGUGUCGGGUUUGUGACAAAAAGUUCAAAUCUCAGAAUACUCUCACUUGCCACGAGAAAGUGCACGGAGAGAAUGCGGUGGACAAUAGCUUUUCCUGCGUCACCUGCGGGAAGGUGUUUAAGUCUGAGGAAAAGCUGCAAGUUCACAUGCGACUACACACCGGGGAAAAACCGUACCAGUGUAAAAUUUGUAUGAAAUGUUUCAACCACCAGUCGAAUCUGAUUGCCCACUCGAGAACUCACGAAAAGGUCCGAAAGGCCCUCAAAUGCGACCGCUGCAACAAAGUGCUGGACAACGAGGAACGACUGGCCAUUCAUAUGCGACUGCACACAGGGGAAAAGCCCUACAAGUGCUCGUACUGCGACAAACGGUUCAACCACAAAAGUACCGUUUGCACCCACGAGAAGACGGUUCACAUUGCGGCCAAUGCGUACAAGUGCAACCGAUGCCACAAGACGUUCAACCAGAAGUGUCAGCUGCAGUACCACGAGAAGUUGCAGGAGGCGCAUACGAUAGCGUGCGAGCAGUGUGACAAGAUAUUUUGCUACCAAGCCAGUCUCAAAGAGCACACAUUCCGGGUGCAUUGUCCUCGUCGCAAACACCGGAAGGAUAGAUUGGCUGGCGUGAACAUAGACAACGAAGGACGCAACAAGUUCAGAUGUGAGGUGUGCUACCGUAGGUUCUACUACAAGCGGGCUCUUGACAUGCACAUGGGAAUCCAUGACAUCGCUCUGGAUGUUAAUGCUUUGUAUUUCUCAUGCAAUUACUGUCCGGAAACGUUCACCGACGAAGAACCGCUGCUUAAACAUGAGGCCGAGCAUGUCGCUAACAAUACGACCGAUUUCAUGGAGAACAUGAAAGCCCUAGAACAAUCAGAAGAUCCGGAAAAUGGCCAAGUUCUUGGAAAGUAUCGCUGCCCUCUGUGCUUCAGUCGUUUCGAAGAACUUUCGGAGCUUAAGGAGCACCACAAGACUCACAUUUGCUCCAACCCGGAGGAGUGCACCAAAUGUAAGCCAACAUUGGCCGAAGAUUAUGAUUUUACGCAGGGUAAUUACGACGAAUCCGAAGAUAACCAAACCAUUCAGUGUAAGAUUUGCGAGCGGAAGCUUCCGUCGUUCGAGUUGUUCCAAAUACAUUUCCAUUAUCACACAUCUCGCGUUCCGUUCUACUGCUAUCAGUGUCGGACCGAGUUCCCUGACAAAAAGGAACUCUACGCCCAUUCCAAAUCGCAUGCACCGAAAGAAUCGGAAGCGCACACCUGUGAAGUCUGCAAGAAGAUAUUUUCAACGAGGGGUAACUUUAGACGACAUCUCAAAUCGCACGAAGCCAUAAGAGAUUUUGCAUGCGAUCGCUGCUUUAAGCAGUUUGAUUAUAGAAGUGAGCUAGAUCUGCAUUUGAGGAAAUCUCAUGGAAUAGACUACUCUUAGGAAUGGCAUAGCAAAGCGCUACAGGUAAUUAAUAAAACACAAAAAUAAGCUUCGUUUUACGUUUAAGUGUAGAAUACGUAAUGUUUUUAGUAAUGAUGAAAAUUUCUUUACGCAUAAAUUUACUACUUUAGUCAUUAAGAUGUAGGGUACGAAUUUAAAAUUAAAUACAAAUAAAUUCGA